UUUGGUGAUGGGUGUGAUUUCUAGACAUGUUCUCGGGCUGCAGGCAUUAGCUUUAGUUUGGGUGUGUUGGAGUUGGUUCGAACAGAGUAGUUGUUCUUCCAACUGAAUCACUGGAUCACUUACUGACUUGAAGAAGAGAAGAGUGUCUGAGAACACAAUGGCAUCACCAGCCCCUCUGUCCAAGGCCAACACCACCUUCUGUCUGGAUCUGUUCAGAAAGCUGAGCGACGAAGACAAGACUGCAAAUGUCUUCUUCUCUCCUUUUAGCAUCUCUUCAGCCCUGGCUAUGGUGAUGCUGGGAGCCAGAGGAAACACAGCCACACAGAUGUCAGAGGUCCUUGGCUUCAAUGAGCCACAGCCACCGGUGGAGCCAGCAGGGGAUCAACUUCAGAUGCAAACACAGUCACCGAUGCAGUCACAGAUCCAGACGCGCAUGCAGAUGCAGACACAGAUCCAACAGAGCACCAGACUGCCACAGUAUCUGCUCAAGGUCCUGAAACCUCAGAGCCAUCAGGAGAAUGAUGUCCAUUCUGGUUUCACCAAACUGCUGAGCGAGCUGAACAAGGAAGACGCUCUGUACGCCCUCAGUGUUGCCAACAGACUGUAUGGGGAGCAGUCCUUCCAAUUUGUUGAGGGUUUUUUAGAAGAAACUAAAAAGUACUACGAUGCUGAGCUGGAAUCUGUGGACUUCAUGUCCAACUCUGAGGAGGCCAGGGUCAACAUUAAUAGCUGGGUGGAGAAACAGACACAAGGUAAAAUCAAGGACUUGCUGUCGCCAGAGGUUUUGGACAGCAUGACCAGGCUGGUGCUGGUCAAUGCCAUCUACUUCAAAGGCAACUGGAACAAACAGUUCAAGGAGGACUAUACUGCCGAUGCUGAGUUCAGAAUAAAUAAGAACGACACUAAGCCAGUGAAGAUGAUGCAGCAGAAAAGUAAAUUCUCUCUGGCCACCAUUCCUGAGGCCAACUGCCAGAUCCUAGAGAUGCCCUAUGAAGGGGAGGACCUAAGCAUGCUCAUCUUCCUGCCCAAUGAGAUAGAGGGUGAUACAACAGGCUUGGAGAAGCUGGAGAAGGAGCUGACCUAUGAGAAAUUUGUGGAGUGGACUCGUCCAGAUUUAAUGGGUCAAACUGAGGUAGAGGUGAGGCUGCCUCGAUUCAAGAUGGAGGAGACGUAUGACCUGAAUAAGGUCCUGAUAGGCAUGGGCAUGGUGGAUGCUUUCUCUAGGGAAAAGAGCGACUUCUCUGGCAUGUCUUCAGCGAUUGACCUGUUUCUGUCAAAAGUCGUCCACAAGGCUUUUAUCGAGGUGAACGAGGAGGGAACUGAGGCUGCUGCUGCCACUGCUGCCGCCAUGUCUGAGCGCUCUUUAAUGAUUCCUGCCAUGUUCAUCGCAGACCACCCCUUCCUCUUCUUCAUCCGACAUAACACCACCAUGAGCGUUCUGUUCGCCGGCCGAUUCUGCUCCCCUGUGUGAGCGCUGUGUCCCUCAGAGCAGUGUGACUCCACAGGUGGAGGUUACGUGGGAUGUAGCUACGCUCAAACAGUCCACAGCCCCUCUGCAUUGCUCUAGCUAUAAAUCACAUUUCCCCUCUCAGUUACUUUUACAAAGUGUAAAAUGUGGCUCUGCACAGUGCACCCUCACAUUUACAUCCAGGUGCUGCUGCCCUCAGUCUGUGGCUUGUGCUGAAUCCCAAACUUUUUCUGAUGAUUAUCUGUAUGUUUUGAAAUGGUCUUUGCUUGUAGGUGAGCAGAAAAUCCCUGUGUAUCUUUUUACUGUCUGAGAGAAGCUGCUGAGCUGUUGCACUUACACAUCUUUGAAAUGUAACUUUACCAUCCCAGUCAGUCGAACAUGGAGUUUCAUGUCAGUUAAUGAAUCUAAACUAUGGCUGCACUUUGUAUCCUCCUGCUUGCAUAACUGGAAUAAAGGAGUUUGGUUUGAAAA